GCCUAAAUUUAUACCACCCGAAGAAGGUAUGUGCCGGGUGAGUCGCAGCUUGAUGACGUCGGAUUUCACGGUGGGGAAAAUGGAGAGAAAACACAUGUCCGCUUUCCACAUGUAUCAGACGAUUUCAUCAGAAUUACCGUCUCCUGCUAAGAAGCGUUCAAUUCAGGUGGGAUCCAAGAAAAAGAAAAGAGAAAACAACAUUGAAAAUGUUCAUUCUGCAAAACAAGGGAAAAAGAGGAAAAUGAAAGCCAAGAAUCAUUCGACCGAGGGUCCAGUUGAGGAAAUAACACAAAUGGAAUCUAUAAACAUGGACGAGGAGGCACUAAAUGUAUUACUGGCUGAGCUUAUGAAAAUUAACAACAGCAAGGAUCGUGCUAGUAAGCUUUUCCAGUGGCUGAUUGACCCUAUUCCUACCAAGACCUUCUUCAGGGAAACUUGGGAGAAGAAACCCAUUCUUGUUCAGCGCAAAAAUCCAAAUUACUACUAUGGCUUAUUCUCAACGCAAGAAUUUGACCGCAUACUUCGACAGGAUGAUGUUCAGUAUGGAGUGAAUCUCGAUGUUACAAGUUACACAGAAGGCAAGAGGGAAACACACAAUCCCCCUGGAAGAGCUUUGCCUUUAACCGUGUGGGAUUUUUAUAAGAGUGGCUGCUCCCUACGUAUGCUGAAUCCUCAGGCGUUCUCCUCUACCGUGUGGAAUGUGCUGUCCAUUCUGCAGGAACAUUUUGGCAGCAUGGCAGGCGCCAAUGUCUACCUGACACCGCCUGGAACGCAAGGAUUUGCACCGCAUUAUGAUGACAUCGAGGCAUUUGUGAUUCAGCUAGAGGGAAAGAAGCACUGGAGGGUCUACAACCCAAGGUCAGAUGACGAAGUGCUGCCUGUGCUUUCAAGUCCGAACUUUGACCAGGCAGAGAUUGGAAAGCCAAUUUUGGAAGUGGUGCUGGAAGCAGGAGAUCUGCUCUACUUUCCUCGAGGGUUCAUCCACCAGGGGUACUGCCUCCCAGACGUGCAUUCCCUUCACAUUACCAUCUCCUCCUAUCAGAAGAACAGCUGGGGAGAUCUGCUGCAAAAGAUGGUUCCAACUGCUCUUGAAAUUGCCAUGGAGGAAGAUGUCGAGUUCAGGCAGGGUUUACCCCUGGACUACCUCUCUUACAUGGGCGUUCAAAAUUCUGACAUGGAUGACCCACGAAGGACAAAAUUCUUCUCCCAAAUUGAUCAUCUAUUGAACAAACUUAAGAAUUUUGCUCCUGUUGAUGCAGCUGUGGAUCUCAAAGCUAGAGACUUCCUUCACGACUGCUUACCUCCAAAGCUUACCCCGGAGGAAGCAGCCGGCAGUGUGCACGGGGCACCUGCUCGGUGGGAGGAUGGGCAUGCAAAAGAUGUAGGUGCAUAUAUCACAAGUCAGACUCGAGUUGGACUCCUCCGAGCAGGAUGUGCCAGGCUAUGCAGUGAUGGAGAUGCUGUUCAACUUUACUACACCACUGACAACUCCCGAGUUUAUCACAAAGAAGAGCCCAAAAGCUUUGAAAUAAACCCUGAGCACACCGAUGCAGUAGAGUUUCUGAUCCAAUCCUAUCCCAAAUUUGUGAGUGUAGGAAGUUUGCCGUGUCAUUCGCUACAGGAAAAGAUCACUUUGGCCGACCUUCUUUUUAAGAAAGGGGUCAUCUUUAAGGAAUCACCUUAGUGGCAACAGUUUGUGUACGAGUCAAAAUUCACAAAUCUCAAACAUGGAUCUUCAAAUUCAUUCGAAUUGAAUGAAAUGGCAAUCUAAAUGUGGUUUCUUUACUACGAAGAGGCAUUAGGUUCAUACUAUUACAUGAAUUAAAUUGUAAUGCUCAAUCAGCAGCUGUUGUCCAUCUCAGUCUUGACAUGUUCAUCAGGUUAUAACGUUCCAUGUAUGUUAAGGACAUUUCUGAUUAAUGUGACCCUCCCAAGUGACAUUUCAUUUUGUGCACUGGUAACUUAGUAAGAUAGUCCUGUUAAGAGUUAUAGAAAAUGGAUGAUAGAAAAAAUGUUUUUGUGAAAGUCAUUUUCAUUUGUUGAAAAUAUUUGGAAUUUUCUCUACAUUUGUAUGGUUUUCAAAAUCGUAUUCAGAUAGAAUUACUUUUUCAUUGAACUUCAUAUCGUCUUAUGUUGGGUAUAGUUCCAGUUUGUACAUUAGUUUCGUCUGAAUGAAGGGGGGAAAAUAAAACUGGGGGAGAAAAUGUUUGUAAACACUAAUUCUGCAAAUGAGCUCAUCUGCAUGCCCAAAGAUUUAAAUGCUGAAACUGAGUGUUUUGUACAGUAUCUUUUUUUUUCAACAACAAAAAAACAGUUUGAUGAGAAUUUACAUUUAUUGUUUGUUGAUACAACUCAAAAAUAUAGACAUAAGUCUUAAGUAUUACUUGAGGGCCACUCAUCAGCCAUUCACACAGCAGACAAUGGGCUCACAUAGGGGUUAAAAUCUACUUCCAAGUCACCUCCUCGCCAGGCUUCAGCUCCCUGCAAAAAAAGGAAUACAAAGCUAAUCAAUGCAAGCUCAAAGUCAAUCUAGAAUGCAUGGUAGAAUUCAACAAGGAUUCCAAACCUUCUGUAUAGAGCACUUUUGUUCCUGAACGCAGUCAGCUUCUGGUCUUGCUGUUUGUCCAGGUACCAUCCGAUCACAAAUCCCAUGGGGACCAGCAAGUUCAUCCAGUGGUCGCGGGCGAAUGUUGCAAUGUUGACCAUGCUUGCUGCAAAUAAAUAAACAGUAUUAAGUGACUGCUGACAUGAAA